AUGGACGGUAACCCGGGGUUGCCCUACAUAUUGGUGACAGCGGUGGGAUGUUGGGCGGCAGAUGGUGCGCCCCAGCUGGGGCAGCGCUACAUCGAAGUGUUUCAGUGUUCCGGCGACGACAUGAAUAUGGUCCUGAACGGAGGAUUCCAGCAGCCGUCGAGUAUUUCGAAACCGCCGCUACUGUCACCCGGCGGAACCAUCGUCGGCAGCCCAUUCGGUGGCUUUAGCCCCUUCGGACACCCACAGGCGACAGUUUUACCUCCGCGGGCCCAUCCUGCCGCGGCCUACUAUCUGCAGCCGAUUCUGUACUGGGGUUACCCAAGUCCACCGGUAUCGCCAACCACGUACUACGGAGCCCCUGCCCCAGCUGGGGCGCACCAUCUGCCGCCCAACAUCCCACCGCUGUCACCAAUAUGUAGGGAAACCCCGGGUUACCCUACCAGGAAUUGUGAUAUCUUCGGAAGUUAA